AUGACCACCACAGCCUCCUUCGCUGCAACACCAACAACACUCUCAGUUACCAUCGCAGGGCCAUCCCAUCCUGCCGCAGGGGCCGCAGAUGCCGCCGCAGAUGUUGCAGCCGCCGAUGUCGAUCCCGCAAGUUCCAUCUCAGGUGCCGCAGUUCGCCAGCCAGCUGCAGCAGUACGGGCGCCGCAGCAGAUGCCCUCGCAGCUGCCGUACCGAGCGCAGAUGCAGGCGCCGCAGUCUUCGGCGCAGCUCUUCUCGAUGCUGCCUCCGCGCAUGCAGAUGCAGCAUCCGUCGCCCUCCCAGGCCCUCCCGCCGCCGAUGCUGCGAGGGGCGGCGGCCAGGCGCACCCCCGCUGGCGGCCGCAGCUCUGAUCCCGAGCCGCGGCGGAGGCGGACGCCAGCGGGUGACCGCAGGUGCCGCGCCGGCCGCCGUGGCUCGUGCAGGCAGCGGGGGCGCGCGCGGGAAGCCCCUCGCGCGGCGACACCCUACACCUCCUGCGACGCGCGCCGCACUUGUAUGGCCCGAAGAGAGGGAGACGAAGGCGUGGCGACCGAGCCCGCCUCCGGCGCCAUGGCGAGGAUCCGGCCCGGCGCGCCCUGGAGCCGAAGCCCUUCGCCAGGAGGGCGCAGGGCAGCGGAGAAGCGCUCGUCGGGAGACCCGCGUUCCUUCGCUCCCGCGCCGCCCACUGCAGCGAUGGUAACACGAAGACUUGUCAGGCGAGUCAUAGAGCCGUUGUGUAGUAACCCUCUCCCGUGGAAACCGAACACUAACGACCUGCAACUCCCCCCACCCCCACCCCCACUCCGGAAGACCAGCAACCACGCAGUCCGUUAA